AUGCGUCAAUUAUGGCAACAAGUUGAGUUUCUGUUCACAGAUGAAAUUUCUAUGGUACCAUAUGAGAUGCUUUGUAUGAUUGACUCUCGUUUACGUCAGCUGAAAAGUCCAGACGCUUGUUUAGGAGGUAUAAAUGUGAUACUCUUUGGCGAUCUAAUGCAGUUACCACCUGUCCGAGGAUAUCAAGUUUUUCAGCAACCAGAACACAUGAAGCCGGCUACACAUUUGUGGCGUCAGUUCCGUUUGGUUGAACUCAAACAGAACAUGCGUCAACAAGGAGACACAACAUUUAUAGAUGUGCUUAACGCCCUUAGAGUCGGAGAACUGACGUCUAACCAUCUUGAAGUCCUUCUUGAAAAAGUUUCAACAGAUGCGACUAAUGAAUUCUCGAUUGAGAGAGCAUUAAGAAUCUACCCAACAAAUGAUCAAGUUGCUAGACACAACGAAAAAGUUCUCCAGAGUUUUGAGAAUAAAGGGACAGUUAUUUAUACGAUUAAAGCACAAGACCAACUCAUUGAUGCUACUCGAAAUCUAGGUAACAAGGACUUAGAUUCUGUGAUACCUAAUGAUAUUAAUAAGACAGGAGGUCUUCCAAAUGUACUUCAAAUAUUCGUAGGGGCUAAAGUGAUGUUAAGGUCGAACAUUGACGUGUCGAAAGGCUUAGUGAAUGGCAAUAUGGGUUUUAUUACCGAAAUUAUCUGGUCAAAUUUUCGCAGAGGCCAACUAUACGCGGAGGAUAUUCCAUCAGUCCGUGUUGAUUUCGGGUCAGAUGGUGUGCACCUGAUUAAGCCGAUAUCGAUACAGUUUCCAGCAAAAUACAGCUAUGGAACUGCUGAAAGACGAAUGUUGCCACUAAUCCUGAGUUGGGCUUCGACUGUUCACAAAAUGCAAGGUUGUACAGUUGACCAUGCAGUCAUUUAUCUAGGCUCACGACUGUUUGCUGCUGGACAAGCUUAUGUGGCACUUAGUCGAGUAAGAACCUUAGACGGUAUUCGUAUUGAAGAACUUGAUUGCUCUAAGUUAACAGGAAAAACCCCGUGCAAUAGUGAUGCUUUAAAUGAGAUGAAUAGAUUACGAAACGAUUCGUAA